CCAAAGCAUUCCUAUUUACCUUCUCCGCAGCAUUGCUCUGUGGUGAGUAUACUGGAAUCUUCAGGUGCUGUAUACCGAAGCCGUCCAUUAUCUCCUCAAACGCCUUGGAUACGAACUGCUUGCCGUUUUCCGAAUGUAUCGUUUCAGGCACUUUGAGCUCGUGAAAUACCUCUUUUAGAAAAGUUCACUAUGUUCGCUGCCGUGGAAUAGCCUUUCCGUCUGUAACCUUCCUCCGAUUUCGACCUGUCCGAAUGAGCACGCUCAUCAGGCAGUGCGUCAGACUUUUCGGGAUCCACAUCUUCCAUUCGGAUCCUUCCAAUUCCUCAUCCGAUUUCCUCGUCCUUUCAAUUUUCUCUUCGACCACCUUUUUGCUUCGUCGGCGACAUCGGAUACGGACGAUCUUUGAAGUCCCGAGCUCCUUCCAUCAGCUCAAUGGAGAGGCGUGGAGAGGUACGCUUGUGACUCCGAGGCCAUCCCUUUCAAAGAAAGGCUCCAGGAUCCUCCUUUACCUCGUCUUCAUCUUCCUGAUCGGCGUAGUGCAACAUCUGACUGGCAUGGAUUUCUUCAGCUUUCUUGACACUUCUCGCCACUGGCUUCCCCACAACGGAUGGUGCUAGUCCGAACACCUGUCAGAAGUCGACUCCGAAGGGCGCUCUUUGCUCCAAGUAUGGACUGCCCAGUCAACCGCUUUCCGCGCAAUCGGAAUAUUUCGGCAUUAUUACGCCAAGUCUACCGCACCGGAAACAAAUCCGAAUCCGGAAUCCGUCCUUCGCAGCAACGCAAGUCAGGAAGGAAUGCCUCGCUGAAACGCAACUUGCUCUGCUGCAAAUAGCAUGGAUGUAGUCAUCCGAGGUCUCUCCCGGCUGUUGUUCAUUCUGAAGCAGCUCGUGCAGCCUCUCGUGUUUCGUCUGAUGUCCACGGAACCGCUCCAUCAAAGCCCUGCGCAGCUUUGACCAAGUGUCCACAUUGGAUUGGCGUACGUAUACCCAAUAUCACUCCUUUGCUCUGCCCGAUAGGAUGACGUGAAAGUUUCGCAGAACUUCAUUUCACGGACACUGAUGAUGCCGCUACAGGAACUACUGACGGAAUACGAAAUCCUCCACAGAAUUACCAUCGUCCUCGCCGCCAAAGGAGAGGUUCCAGCGGUCUACUCGGACUUAGCGGUUUCCGUGUCGGGCUCCCGCUUUGGCAUUUCCCCGCGGCUCGUCCCGGAAAUCCAACGUCCUUCGGUCAUCGAUGCGCCACGGCCGUGCUUGGGUCACUCCUGCCUGUCGGAUGGUACUCCAGUUCCUGGCUCAGGCUACCAUCAUCUACCAAUGGUCAAGAGCGUUGUCUAGGU